GCGUGGAUUUUGCGGGAGCUGUUUUAACACGGCUCAUCGGAGGCUGUCGUUUCCCACAUUUUUUUUUAACUCAAAGUGCGACUUUCGCACAUUCCCCAGAAUUUGUACAUAGUCGGAAAAGCUGUAAAGUUUUGCGUUUAACCUACCGCAUUUGUAACGGGGGAAAAAAGUGGGGCGUGUUUUUUUGUUGUCGAUUAUUUGUAAAAAUUAUUUUGCAAGAACCGUAAAACCACAUUUUAUUUUAUGGUGAUACUGUAACAGCAAAAAUCAAAUUGAAUAUGUGUUAAUUGUAGUGCAAUAAGUUACACUGUAUAUUGACAUAAAAUUACCUACUGUAUAUAGCCAAAACUUUAAACGCAUUCAAACCUUUUACAAAGCGAAGUCUCGUUAUUUUUUCGACAGUCUCGAUUUACUACGUUACUUUACAACCUUUGAGUACAGUACUACUGUUUUCUCUAAGAAGGAGUCGUUGCACGUGUCUGUGUUCUUCAGGCUAAGUUUGUAAUAAAACAAACAGGGCUGGAGUUUAAAACGUGCAAAAAUAUACCCGUGUUUAUUGCUUGUUUUGUAUAUUCACAGGGUAGCGUAGAAAACGGGCGUACAUGAGGAAGAGGGCUUGUUUGCUAGCUUAAUUGCUUAGCAGGUCGUUGAAAAUGCGCAUGUAUUUAGAAAAAGCUUACUCCCUACUUAAAAAGCCAUUCAAAUGUGUUUGCAUAUAUUUCGCGCGUGGAACUGUUUUUAUGCAAAUUAUUCUUUUCACAUGCGCUGCUAAUGGAUUUUUCAAUUUAAUUUGUUUGAUUAAAUGCCAAAUUAUACGCGCUUUUCCAUUAUUUAUGCGGGAAUCUCUCGAUUGUGGUAAGGAGGGGGUUUUCAUUGAACAGUUGAGACUAAUAAAAGAACUUAGGCAUAGGGGCUUUGCACAUUUGUAGAUAACGUUUGAUUCACAGUAGGAUAUGUGAUGCCAUAAGAUUGUAAGACGGCUUUCAGAAGCAAGUACUGUGUUAUAAACGUCUCUUAUUUUUCUUUCAAACCUUUGACAACAAAAUUAUCUUGAAGGUCUGCUUUUCCAUCACAAACGGUUCUGCAGCUGAGACCCAAUAUGGCAACAGCAGUCACAAAAUCCCUUGGCUCUUGUCAACUAAUUCUGCAUUAGAAAACAAGGGCGUCCAGCCUGCAGAGCAGAAGAUCCUGCAGGCUAUAAAAGAUUGCUUGAAAUCUUGAGGUCUAGAAAAGUUAACAUCUUCCGAUUUAAGUAAUUCGGAGCUCAGCUGGAAUUAAAAUCGGAAUACAUUUUGGGCCACGUUCAUAAGUCAUUGAACCACAGCUCUUUUCCCUAAUGGGAAGAUGGCAUGAAAAAUGUCUGGAUUCUGAUUAUUACAAGCUGCAGCCUUUUGAUUUGAUUCUGGAUUGUUAGCAGUUGGCCUUUCCUUUCUCCAAACUAGCAGAGGAGGAAGCGUCGUGUAAAGAAUGAUGGAAAUAUCCAUUCUAAUGAUCGAGGAUCCCGGUUGUUUCUGGGGGAAGAUUCUCAAGGGAGAUGGGGUUAAUAUAGAAAGUCCAAAGGUGCAUGAGAAGUUACAGGACGAGAUGAACCUCUUCUAUCAUAAUGUGAAGCUGGACGUGCAACAGCUGAAAGCCCCUUCGCUGGAGCAGGAACAGGUCUGUGUGGUGUACUCUCCCAGCCUGAAGAGCUGGUGCAGGGCCUUUGUGGAGUGUCUCUUCCUCAGCUCCGAGGGGCAGCGGGUCCAGUGUUUCCUGGUUGACCAUGCCAAGCACAUCAUCGUUAGCGCAGAUGAAGUCCGGAUACCUUUGGAGAAGUUCUUCCAGCUGCCUUUCCUGGCACAGAAGUUCAGUCUUGCUCAUAUCCACCCAUUGGCUCUGCAUGUUGACCUCUUACGGGAAGAAACAAAAUUUGUACCUAAGAACUUCUGGGAUGUUUCUUCUGUGAUCUAUUUCAAUAAACUUGUCCAAGCGUCCACUCUCGCCCAGGCUGUGCUGUGUGGUGUUGAGGGGAACUGUCUUGAGGUCGAGCUGUACCUGACAAUAGAGAAGAUGAAGGUAUGUGUUAAUGAUGUCCUGGUGACUGAAAAGUUUGCAUGUUACUCUUCGUCGAUCGAACAAUUCCAAGCCAGUCCUGAGGGCAGCAGUGCUGAUCGGACUCCUGCAACCUCACUUUUGCAAGCGAAGAGCUCAGAUGAAGCUUCACCGAAGGAGGUCCAAGUGGUGAAGUCUAAUGUAACUCUUCAUUUUAAAGAGCCUAAAACAAAUGAUCAUAGCCUUGGCACACAGAUUGGUUCUAUGACCGGUGUAAUGAAGGAAGCCCGAGGGGAUGUGGCGAUGGUGACACAGAGAGGUGCUGCCGUGUGUGACUUGGGAGCAGCAGAGGCAGCAGAAGAACUGCAAGACAAAAAUCUUAGAAAUGUUGAGACCAGCUCUUUGCUGGCACAAGCGUCAGUCGGCGAGCUUGACUGUAGCAGUCUGCUGAAGUUUUUGAAUCCUGAGGAGAAUGCAGGAAGCAAGCGGGUAGUUCAGGAGGCUGCCCAGGAUGUUUCUCGGGAAGGUGCAGGGGACAGGACCGGGCAUGCUCACAACCCCGAUGUGAUUAGUGCGGCCCCAGAGAGAGAGAAGAACAGUGGAACAGACGAGUGUGACGAGCGUACUGAGGAAGAUAGUCCAGAAGCUGAGCUCCAUUGUUUUCAGUCAAGUGUUGCCCCCAGUGCAGAGGUAAGGCAGGGAUCAGCUGACACCAGGCAGCAGGACUUGGAUGAACUUGCCUGUGCUAGGCUGUUGCAGUUUUUGAACCCCGAUCCUCUGAACUCAGGAAGUGAAUCGGAGGACCCUGUGAGCCUCCAUUGCGAUCCCAGCGAGAGUGGAGUGCUGGUGCAUUCGCCCCUGCCCAUCAGCCCCUGCAGAAGUCUGGCGAAGGCGCUCUUGACUCCCGGCCUGAGAGAGGCUCUUGCGAGGCUGAAAUACCCAGGCCCAGACGUGGCGGCGAUGUACUGCUGGCCGGCUGUGGCGCAGGGGGGCGACACUCUGCUCGUAUCCCGCGGUUGGAAGGACCCUCUCGUCUAUAUUCCUCCUUUACUCACCUUCAUGCAGCUGUGCACCGUGCACAUGGCACCAACAACGAGCAAUGGGCCCAUAGCGGUGGUUCUGUGCCCGGGAUGGGAAAGGGCACAGCUUGUGUUUGACACGCUGGAGGAGUGCAGUGUGCGCCAGCCCUGGAAUCCCAUGCUGAUCCUUGUGGGACUUCAGAAAGAAGAGGCAAAAGCUGUCAGGAUUAAAAAAGCAUGCCUGAUCGUGGUCACCACGCCCUUCGGCCUCCUCAGACUGAUGGAGUUCCACUGCUUCAAGUUCCUCCGGCUGUGCCACCUCGUCCUGGAUGAGGUUGACGUGCUCUUCUCUCGAGCCCCAGAAGAGAUGUCCGCAGUCCUGCAGCAUUUCAAAAAGAUCUUGGCAUACAAAGAGUGGGGCGUGGUUCCCCACCAGCUCAUCGCUGUUGGAGGCCAGUGGAGCAGGCAGAUGGAGAGCCUGGUGAGAGAGCACAUGAGCAACCCCUCCAUUAUCCUUACAGCAAGGGAGGAGGCUGCCCUGUAUGGGAAUGUGCAGCAGGUGAUCCUGCUCUGUCUGGACUGUUAUAAGCUCAGUGUGAUGCUCAGCACCUUGGACUUUGUUCCUGAUGUUCCUCAAAAGAUCUUAAUCUUUGCUGACUCCGUUGAAGAUGUGGAACAUGUGUAUAAGGCCGUGUGUAGAACGUCUGCAUUCUGCAUGAAAGCUCACCAGGGCCUGACGUACGAGUUUAACUUUGUCAUUGAGCAGUGGAGGAAGGACAUCUCUCCAGGGACAAGUGUUGCUCUGGUUUUGACCAAUGAGUGCAUAAACGCCCUGGGGAUUACAGAUGCCACCUGUGUGGUGCACUAUGGGUUUCCCAGGUGUUCAAAGCUGUUUGGAAGUCGGCUGCAUUGUAUGUCAGAUCACUUUCAGAACCUAGCUGAAAUGGACGCGGUGGAGCAGCAGGCCCAGAAGACCAAGUCUGUCCUGCUGCUCUCGGAAAGGAACACCGGGCAUGUGGUGGGAGUCCUGCGGUAUUUUGAGCGUGCUGGGGCAGUAGUGCCACCGGAGCUCAUCCACUUUGCCGAGGGGGUGUUGAAGGCAAGAGAGGACCAGAAAUCUAGAAGACCACUCUGCAGCUCUUUGAAAUGCUUUGGUUUUUGCAGAAAUGAAAGGACUUGUCCAGACCGUCACACCUUUAACCCGGACUUGGAUGCCCUGCAGAUCCCAGACUCCGGAUGUAUAACGAUUCUGCCCUUGCAUGUAGAGAGUGCUUCCUGCUUCUUUGGUCGGAUAGUGCGCAAGAAGGACGAUUGCUACGAGAGACUGGCAGCAGAGAUGGCAGAGUACUAUGUGAACCAUAAGCGCAGUGCAGUGAAUGUGGAAAAGGGUGGGCUCUAUGGAGUGCAAGAGGAGACUGUCUUACACAGGGUACAGGUGCUGUCCUUGCCCGAGAAGGUGGGCUGCCUCUUCUACAGGGUUUGUGUGAGGUUCAUAGACGAGGGCAGGACGGAGGAGGUGAAAGCCCAUCAGCUGCUGGUGCUGCCCAGCCAGUUUCACAGUCUGCCCCCCCAGGCAGUGGAGUUCAUCUUGUGCCGUGUGAAGCCCAUAGACAGUGAAACGGAGUGGCACCCAAAGGUGACGAGACGCAUCAGUCAGAAGAUUAAACGUGUUCAACAUGAAGCUAAAGUUGCUCUGUGUCUGGAAAAAACAGUAUGGGUUGAUCCGGUGGUCCAUGUUACUUGGCUUCCUGCAUUGAAGAUGCAUGUAAAUGACUACAGCCUUCGCUCGGAAAUUCUAGCUACUGGAAUGGGGGUGGACAACCCGGAGCACCUGGAGAGGUUGAAACGGAUGUGCCAAGACCGAGGCUUGUCCGGCCAGGAGCAGCCGGGUCAGCCCAUGCAGCUGCAGUCCGCUCCGCAGGUCCUGGAGGAAGGGGUCGCCGAGGGGUCACCCGACAUCCCUGAGCCCUGCUCUCAGGAGGGGCUGGAAGGCCCAGGGGAGGGUGUGCAUCUACAAAGAGGCAACUCUGUCCGGGCUCUCCAGGAUCUCCGUGUGGAGGAUGGUCUGCAGCAAACAGGCCAUGUUCUCCAAGAUGUUGCACCUAACAAACGACUUCAUCCAGAAAUUAAAUGGUUUCAGAGAGAAGACUCUGUUACAUUAAAGUUUAAGCUCCUAAAUCCAAGAGCACAGCAGUAUACAUUUCAUCAUGACAAAGUGACAUACAGCGCCUGUGUCGAUGAAAAAUACUAUUAUGCAGACUUGGAACUUUAUGGCAAUGUUGUUGAAGACAAGUGCUCUGUAGAUAUCAAGUGCAACGAGCCAGUGAUGACACUCCUCAAGGAAAGCAAAGGAGAAUGGCCAAAGCUUCUGAAACACAAAAAUGCUUUCGUUAGCUUGGACUUCGAACACUUCGUUGACUCUGAAGAUGAAGAUAAUCUUGUCAGCGGUUGCAGUACGGAGACCAAAUAUUUCUCGGCGGUGCCCCUGGAGGAAGGAAGCUAUGUGUACUCGGACAGCGAGAGCGACUGAGGGCCUGGGAGCUGCUGUGCUGUCUCGGGUCUGAGGGCGAGCUGCUCCCCCAGUCCACUCUUCACUCCUCUUCCCGUUAUUGGACUACUUCCUGGAGGGAGUUUGCAUGUUCUCAGUUUUCCUUAGGGUCUCCGGUUUCUCACUCCCACCCACGGGCGUGGUGGCCAAGGAGUCGCUGGCUGUCCUGGAUCGUUCCUCUUGGUUGGUCUUCUAGGGGCUGACGUCUUGUCCAGAUGGAGCGCGGUCGUGUGCUUCCAGACUGGCCAGGGUGUUGGGGGUGGAUGCACACUCACCAAGUUAAAGUACUAAAUUGAGUCUGUCCUAACUGUUGGGUAUGGUUGGGGUAACCAUGUGGCUCAGAGCAGGCUGGGGUUGCAGGCUGAGGUCCUAUGGCCAGACUUGACUUGGGUUCGAACAAGUGGUGUCGCUGCUCAAGGAUUCCUGAAGUGGCAGUGGCGCAGUGGGCCAGCCCUAUCCUGGAGACUCUUGGCCAAGGGUAGUAGACCAACGUGCCCAUGCCGCCAUGGCUCUCACCGCCGACUCGUGCAGUGAUGUCACUCGGUCACGCUGCUCCACACAUCAGUGCUAGCUUUCCUGCCGGGUGCUGUGCAGCUUGUGAUCUAUCAGAUGGCCAACAGGAGCACGUAUAUUAAAUUAUUAGUACAAACAUGUUGACUGAAAUCAAGAUUUGAUGGUGGCAGCUUCAGAAAAUGAGAUGGGCUGAAGCUCACUGUUUGACCAUUGAACUUAAUGUGCAGGAAAAAGACGAGAUGCUGGAGAUACUGUGCUAUAGGUGCCGUCAGAGCGUGACGUUCUGGUGGUGAUAGGCUUGAAAGGAAGCAGAAUGAUGGUAGUACCUACAGAAGGGUUGCAGUCUGCACAGGCGAAUCUCAAGGAGGUGCUCGAAGGGAUUGAUUUCACUGAUUUUUGAAGUCUUCUGCGCAAGGCAAGAUGCAUCCUGGAGGGGACCCCAGUUCAUCACAGGACCAACGCAUACAAAACCAUGCACAUCACUCACAUCAGGGCCAGUUUAACCCACCAGCAUGUCUUUGGACUGUGGGAGGAAACUGGAGCACCUGGAGGAGACCCAUGUGAACAAAGGUGGGGGGGGGGGGAGAACAUAUAAACUCCACACAGACAACACCCCUGAACCCAGGGGCCAUCUGCAUGUCAAGGCUGCAGUGCUCACCACCGUGGAACCAUGCUGCCUUGAAAUGGAGUUCAAGAGCAUGUUUCAUAUUAGGGGUGAUUAUUCAGACCUCAGCAUUAUGGUUGGCAUAAAGGUGAACCUGAUGGGCUUGUCCAGAAGGGGAGGGCUGACUGGCAAUCUCCAUUUGAAUGAUUGUUGGGAACAUGUCUGAUGAACCAGUUGCCUCUUGUUGUAAGAAGAGGCUUCUUUCUUGCAGCGCAGCCACAGUUGGCAGAUGUGUGUACAGUACGUGGUGUUGAAGGGUGACUUUAACUACUGUGUAUGAUGAAGAAGCUAGUUUGUGUUGCAGAUGUGUUUGCCCCUAUACCGGCAGCAUUAAAAUUUCUCAGUUAGAGAUGUCACAGGGGAAGUUAGAAGGGCUUUUGGUGGUCUGUCAAUCCUGUCCACACUGUCCUUGCAGUCACUGUUCAUCUGUAGUAUUAUUCAUCACAAGUCAGUUGUCUGUCCUUUUCAAAACCGUUUUCAACAUUAAUACAGUACGCAUUUUUCCCCAGCAUGCAGUUCCUGCCGUACGACGGGUCGUUCUUCUCGGCCACAUGGCCUGAUGCCUUUCACACCACGAGAGGCCUGCGCGGCUCUGCGCGGGGCAGCCGCCAGCUGUGCUGUACAGUACAGCUGCCGACUCCACACAAGAGCAGGUCUCGCUUCUGCGGCUUACUGCAGACCCGAGAAGUCAGUGCUGGUAGAACCGGUCCUGCUGACUGAAUCUGCCUUUUUGUGUGUGUAGUGGUGAUGGCUGCUGUUGACCUGCAUAUUAUAUAGAGCGAGGAAGGUAUGCAGUGCUUCUGCCGUUCACAUAUUUUCUGUGAUUAAUCUGCCUUUUGCAUCACUGGUUGGAGUAAUAGAUCUUUCACUGUGCGGUGAUCACCUUUUUUGCUUGUUUAACGCUGCUGUGUUCCUGCUGCAAGUAUGAAAAUGAUAUGACCAUAAAUCAAUUAGGGCUUGUGUUGGACUACACAUAAUGUGAACAUGGAAGAAGUAGCCAAAGCUUAUGUCCUUAUCUGUUAGUGGGUUUUGAAGUUCUUGGCCAUCCAGUUUAUAUUACUCUUUUGAACAUUAAACAUUUUAUUUCUUACAAUGAAUUAGUUGGAAGAUAAAAUACAGCCUGUGCUGCAGUGUGAAAAGUAAUAUUGGAAUUAAAUUCAGAUGUUCACUGUUGCAGUUGUUGGCAACAUUCUAGAGGUUAAAUGUUUUGAUUUUGUUCUGCCUUUUUUAUGGUACAUUUUUUUCAACCAUUUUUCAGUUUUCAUAUUUCAAAAGAUUUGUUAUGGAAAAUUGUUUACUGGAAAUAUUCCUAAAAAUGACUGACUGAUGCUUUUGGAAAUGUUCGGUGUUUGAUCUUGAACCAUUUCCUAUAACUGAAAGAGGGUCUGUUAGUUAAAGUUGGACCUGAGAAAAAACACGAGUCGUUGUUUUCUUUACUCCAUUGUUUCUUAAGAAGAUGACACCAACAGAUUUAUUCAAGAUGGUACCGAAGAAAACUCAGUCUUUACUUGGGGUAGGAGCUGGUCAAACAGAUCUUCUAUUCAGUCAGCUGAAGGGGAGCAUACCACAGAGAAAGGGUUUUCCCUAGCAAUCAGGGCACAUGCUUGUUUGGCUGAACUUACUUUCCCUUUUAUACAUUAACUGUAGGGAGAUGUUAACAUAUCAAAGGAUCACACAAGACAGGACACUCACAGAAGUGUUUCAAAUACAGUGUCUGAAAAACAAAAUGGGAUGGAAUAUUCCUGUUUGGCAUCUUGCAAUGUCUAGUUUCACAGGUGUGAAAAAUUACAGGCUCUAGCUGCAGAAAGACAGUUGAGUGCAAAUAGAAAACUUCGUGUGCACAGUCUGGAACUUUCUCAAGAGCUCAUCUCACUCGGUCAUCCACAUUGCGCCAUUCCUAGUCUGCAUCUUCUCAGUAGUCACUUGUUUUCAUUCAGUUUUGUCAACAUUUGACCCAGCAUUCUCACAUGUCUAGCUGUUACUUACUGCAUGUACGUUGUUUAAUUAACUUUACACCAGACUAAAGGGGUUAUUAAAUAUUUCUUCACCAGUAGAGGGUGUGAAAGCACAGUAGAAUAGAAACAUCUUGCUUCAAUAUAUACGGUGUAGUGUUUUUAAUAAACUCUCGGCUGCAUGAAUGUGAUUUUAGAAUCAAUUUGAACUGUUUUAUCCUCUGGACAUUUGUCAAGUUUAUACUUUUUUAAUAUGGACACUUCACUGCUGCUUUUCUGCUAAUGGUGUUUAAAGUUCUUGCAAAGGUUUCUUUCAGACGUAUGAAGACUGAAGUGUGAGUUUAAGGGGAGUCAGCAAGUCUACAGCUGUACAUGAAUCCUGCAACCCACGCAGGUUAUAUAUAUAGUGGUUUAAAAGGUAUUAUACUGGACUUGCAGAAUCUGAUGGUUUUUGUUGCUGAUCUGUGAUCUGUCCCAUCUUGCGCCACUCUUGGCACAGCUGGGCUGCUCAGCUGCCUGCUGGGAAGGGUCACCCUCUGUCAGAAGGAGGCAUCAUGGACAGACAGUCUGUAAGGGCCAGUGGGUGUAACCGUGGCAACGAGGCUGAAGCCACACUGCGCAGCCUAUCCAGUUUUGUCGGUCCUCCUCUCUGGUAAAGAGUGUGCCAAAGCUGUACGUGUUUUGCAUCAUACUUUAAAGAUGCCCUUCUCCACUGGAUGCCAAAAAAUUAGACCUGCUCUUUUUUUGUUUCGUUAUUUCAUUUCCUGAUGAAGCAGAGUGCAGCAGCUGCAUCAGUAGAGCCAUGUGUUUAAAGGCUUGAACUUAAACUUUUCAUAGUCUUCCCUAAUUAGUAACCUCUUUCUGUACCGGUUUCAAUUUUCCUUGUUUUUACAGUGUUUGAUUACAAAAGUGUUGCCCCCAUUUUUUUUAAGAAUAACAGGAUUUUUCUUUCCAAUUUGCAACGCCAGCCUCUCUAGGGCUGUUUGAUUUUGAGUCACUUACAGGCGGUCAUGAAGUGGGCACAGAUGAGUUCAGCGGCUCUCGAAAGACUCCAGGAUGGGUCCCUCGAAUACGAGGUGACCUUGGAGCAUGAAGCAGGAUGAGUCUGAGUUUAAAGGCUGUGUCGUUGUGUGGGAUUACAUAGGGACAUGGCCUCGCUUCUGGGAGCAGAGGGUUCUAAUGGAAUAUAUUGAUUUGGGAUAAACACAGCUCUCCGUCCCCAAAAAGCAUGAGGUGGAUGGGUGCCAGGUUUUGAAGGCGAAAAUGAGCAGCAACGUCUGAUUACGUAGUGAGGGUACAAGUAAAUUCUUUACAUCUUGUAGGACUGUAAGUGGAGAAGGUGUCACUUUCAACUGGUUAAAAAAAAAAGUCUGACCCCAGAAAUGAAAUGAUGUAAUACUAUAUGAAAACGCAGAAGUGUGAAAGAUUUUGAAUUUGCUCAUGCUGGGGACUUGGUUUUGAAGUCUUUUACAUUUACAGUCCUGCCAAGCUUUUUAAGGUCUUUUAAAAUGCUGAAGUAGUUUGUAGUGAAUGCAUUUUGGGCUUUUGCAAAAGCAAUUUCUUGAAUAGAGCAGCUUUCAAAAACAAAGUUCUUUUGAAACUGUUUUCCUCCUUCUAAUGGUGGGUAUUAAUCAGGCUCUUUCACAGUUUGUUAAAAAGAUGAUUUAAGGGAUGUCUGAACAAUACAUUAUAUUCACUGCAACAGGGCAGGACAAUAAAAGGCUCAUGAUCACCUAAUACCAAGACACUGCUGUGCAAAAGUCUUAGGACAUUUUGUGGACUCAUCACAGUUUUUCCUUCUUUAUGCAGAAACGGUUCUAUCUUAACUGCUAUUAGCCAUUUUGCUUUAAGAUGACCCUUAAUCCUAAUGGAUUUUGUAGUACAGGAGGUAGCCUUUUUGUUCAAUGUAAAUUCAGAGAUACAAGUGAUGAUAAUGAUGAGGAACAGCUGACAAUGUGUCAGUUAGAUUUUACUGGUGAAUGUGAUGGGUUAGCUAGUACAACACUGGAUAUUGACUGCUCUUGUAUGUAGAACUAUAUACAUUCGUUUUCUCUGGGCUGUUGUGAUUUAGCAUUUGAAGAUUCUUCUCUGUCAAUUAAAGAAUGCUAAUGGACAAGAUUGUAAGUACAGUUUAGAUUGGGCCAAAAGAAAACCAAAGUGCAAAGUAGUAUGCUGUAAUAGUAGAAAGCACUAUCUGGGACUUGUUAAUGCUCGUAGCAUGUGUGAUGUGUGAAGGCUUUGCACAGGCAAUGUGGUGGUUUGUUUGGGAGUGAUUUAUCCAGACUUGUGUAGAGAUUGCGAGAUCAAGCCUUAAUACUUUGGGGAAAAAAGCAAGGAUGGAAUUACUAGGAUAUAGUGUCUAGUUGUAAGAUAAAAGAAUGCCAUGGAUUGAUUUCCUGAUUAAAAAAGCUGGACGAGUCUUCACAUUUACACGGGUUGUGGUCAUGUAACCUUGAAAAUGUUUUUACAUGUAGAUAUGAAUGGAUUAGUGUUUGUAUUAGUAUUUCUGUAUUUUAGAGAAGAAGAUACUACAAUUACAGAGAUCCUCCAUUUCAGUUUCUCCGGUGACAAACAUUUUGUGAAACUGCAAAUCUUGUAGGAUCUUCGCUAAUCAUUAACGGCCGUGCCGACAGAAUCUAGCGAGCCACCAACAGAGGAACCAUGUGGGAUGAGAAUCUCAGACCACAGAGUGCUUCCAGGCCUGUGGUUUACAGAGUCAGAGCUGUCUACAGCUUUGAUGUGUGAUCCUGAGUUUUGAAUCCACCACAGGCAGCCAGCGGUGACCCUGAUGCAUGAAGUCACAGCAUUGCACCGUGCAUCUUUCACUGCCAGUGUGGUUUUGUGCACAGUCCAGACUUGCCACCUUGUAACAUAAGCUUUAUUCCUGAGAAUGCUCUUUGCAAUAUCACUCUCUCUGAGGUCAAGAGGUCAAAACGGCAAUACUUCCACAGCUCCAUCCUUUUGUUUAGUUCCAACUUGUUUUUAAGGUCUUACACGGGACAAACACAAGACUCGUUGGUCUGUAAUUACCUGGUUCAUUUUGGCCAUCUUUUUAUGGAUGGGAGCUGCAGUGGUCAGUUGCAUGUCAGCGGGCAUCACCUCUGUAGCGUGACUGAAGGAAGACUUUGCUAAUGGGCUGCAGAUAGCAUCUCUCAUUUCCUUCAGCACAGAACUCCUAUCUGCCUCUGGAUAUUCAAUAUAAUCGUAAGUGCUUCUGUUGCCUGUGACACUUCUGCCCCUUCUCCAAUAGUCUCAUAUCCUUCUGAAUUUUAUUUAUUUUGUUUAGUUUUGUCCAUGGUAGAGAUCUUAAAUUUCUACUUAGUUCAUAGUUGUAUACCUUUUCAUUGUCGGAGAACUUUCUGUUGUUAUUUCUAAGACUUUUCACCCUUUCCUAGUCUUGUUGAUGUAAUAUAUGACUAAAAAAAACAAUUCAUUGUGGUAUUUCUUUAUCAUGGAAAUUCUACAAUCCUUUUUCAUGUGUGCUCGCUAUUCAUAGUAGUCCUUUUCUUUAACUGAAUCCUGGGCUUCUAAUUGUUUUAGAAAGUGACUUUUCUUGUUUUUUGGGUUUGGGCCACUGCUCUCUAGUCCUUGAUUUACUUUUGGGAUGAGUCAUCUGUAUCCACUGGAAGUUCAUAUCUGUCCUCAUAAGGGAGGCUGUUCAUGCAGAUCCAGACGCUGUGUGGGUGUUCUUGCUAUGUGGUGAUGGAGAGGAUGCCUGUAUCUCUUCGCAGCACUAUAAAAUAUUGUCACGAAACCCAGUAGGUGGUGUAAAGAUCUGUCUGAGCUUCUCUGACAGGCAGUGAUUGCUGCUUGUUUUAGCAAAUGCUUUAGAACAACACAAAUUAGGAAAAAUUGGUCAGACGAUAAACAUUACGUUGACUUUUAAACCCUGUAAACAGAAUGGCAAUGUGGCUGUAGAGCAGUGGACAGAAAUCUUGUUGAUCUAAAACAUUAAUCACGCUGACCUGUGUUUGACACAGUACGUGGCACAUAGUGUACACAGGUGUUGAAACAUUUCUUAUUAAUUUGGCUGACACUUUUACCCCACAGAGCAAAGCACAGUUUUACCCAUUUAUGGGAGCAUAUGAGUGAAGUGGCUCGCUCAAGGAUGUAACUACAUCAGUGUCCGACCUGGCCAUUGAACCCACAGCAUUCCAAAGAUUUUCCAGGGGAAUCAUUUCCAGGUUCCUCUUGGUGGUGUGAACAUUUAUUUGGGAUUUGCUGGCUUAAGGAAGUUAAAUUUGCUUCCUCUCCACACAGUUGCUGUGAAUUAGUUUUAUAUCAAGGUUCCCAGCUCUGGUGCCAGGAAGAGGAGGUUUGGAAAUGCUGAAGGACACAGAUCUUUGAAAGGGAGAAACAUUUUGUUGUCUGUGAUCUUAACUUGCUUUCCAAUUUCUGAGUUAGAGAUUUUCUGUUAAUGGCAAAUGCCUUUUCC